GGGACGGAGCCCGGCAGGGCCCCGGCGUCUGGGUGGGGCCUGGAGGGCGGCGGGCGGGGCCUGGAGCCUCGCACCUGGCGGCAGGGAGGGCGGGGCGAGAUGAAGCCGGACCUGGGUCGGCGGCGGGGCGGGGCUUGGUGGUGGCAGAGCGGGCAAUGGCGCCACUCACCUGGCGGCCGAGGAGAUGGGAGGGGACGGCGCGGGACGGGGCCUGGCGGCGGGCCGGGCUUGGAGCUGCUCACCUGGCGGCGGGGUUGGCGGUGAACAGAGCAGGGCGGGCUUAGUACCGCUCUCACCUGGCGGCGGGGAGGAAGGGAGCGGGGCUGGGCCCGCUGGGCGCGGGGACCAGGCGCCGCUCAGCUGGCGCCUGGGCGUGUGGGACCGAGCUGGACGGACCUGGCGCCGCUCUGGCCAGGUGGCGGCGUGGGCGGCCGGGGCGGGGCCGAGGGGCGAGGCCUGGCGCGCGUCUCACCUGCCGGGGGCCGUGGGGCGGGGCGGGGCCCCAGGUGCGCGCCGGGAAAGGGCGGUGUUCGGGGCGCGGAGCCCCGGGGCCGGGCGCCACGGCUUGCGCCGGAAGACAAGCAUCCUGGGAAGUUUCGUUUUCGCGUGGCGGGAGGGCUUCCGCGGGCUGCGCGGCCCUCGUCAUGCUGGCAUUUACGCCGCGAGACGUCCUGCCGCGCGCGCCGCCGGGGCGGUUGAGGCCGGGGACGGACGUGGGGGCGCCGGCGGGCUGAGCCGCGGCGGCCUUGCCGCAGCCCACACGCCAGUCUCCCGCGCUGGCCCGCUUCCCGCACUGCGCCGCCGCCGCCCCGCGCCCCCGUCCGCGCCGGCCCGGGCCUCGCCCACCCACAAGUGACCUUGAGAGCCCGGCCCCCACCGCCCGCGAGAAAGGUGGACCGGCUGUCCUUCGAGAUCGGGAGCCAGGCCUUGCCACGGUCACUCGUGAACCCGUGGACUCGCUGCGCCCGAGAUGCCCCUUGAGUGUGUGUGGGUUGUUCGCGAGAGGAAGGGGGGAGAGGAAGGAGGCGAGGACAUUUGACUCCCGCUGAGUUGAGCGCAGGACCUUAAGGUUGAAUCUAAGCCCCGCACCCCAGCCGGGAGCUCUGCGCGCGCCGCCCGCAGCCCGGGGCCAGGAGCUUUCCUCCCCGGCCCCAGCAGCCCCGUGUCCUCCCCGCAGGGCGCGGAGCCGUUGUGGUUCCUCGAGUGCAGUCGCACGGCUCUGUCGUGGGAAAGCGCCUCACCAGGCGUUGUCAGGUCGGAUGACGGGGCUUGUAGAGCGCUCUAGGCUCUGGCCUGGCGCACAGCGGGUAGUUAGCAAGCUCCGCGGGAUCUGCCUGGCACCUUUUCCGUUUCUCCCAGAUACGACUACGCGUGCCUGCUCUGGCAAUCAAAGCUCGUCUCGGGUGGCACACGUGGCGUGCGCGGGGACCUCACAGGCCAACUGGAGAGCCCAUUUAGACAAACAUAGGAAUGUGGCCCUAUAGUCAGCAGUGAAGAAGCACUGCGAAGUCGUUGCUUGGUUUCUCAACCACACUUGACUUCUGGAGAUUAGGUCAGAUGAGCCUACAUGUAUCCUUUCU